AUGGCUCACCGAUCCGGUUGCUCCGCGGUGCUACGACUUGUGCUGCUUCUGGUCGUCUGUGCAGUUCCGAACGCGUUGGGUCAACUGUCGGUGCUGAAUCAGAUACCGUACGGGUUGCUGGAACAUCUGAAGCAGGCGCCCCAGCGAUGGAAUGCAACCAGUGCCACCGAUCAGCUCUGCCUGAACCAGCUGGAUGCGUUCGCGAGCUCGUUCGACGCCGGUGAACGGUGGGCUUUGACCAUGUUCGACUCAUGGGGCAAACAUCCCGCCGGUGUGCUGUACGGGAAUGUGUUUGCAUUUGGCAACUUUGACCAGUGCCGGGGCAUCGAUCACCAGGGUGCUCUUUCGACGUUCCGCGGACAGCACUGUACGCUGUACGUGGAUCUGAGCCGCGUGGGAGUUCCGGUACCGGCUCCCCUACAGUAUGGCGUAUGCGUUCCGGAUACCUGCGAACCGGAACUGGUGGGGCAGCUAACCAAUGCGUACUUCAUGGCCAACCAGAUGUUCGUCGGCAAUGGGCAGAUACUGGGACGGUUUUGUUACCGCGAUGAGGACCGUCCAUUUCCCGCGGUAACGAUAGUGGCGAUUGUUCUCUUUUCGGUCUACGGUGGACUGCUGCUACUUGCCACGGUGGCGGAAUUGUUCUUCAUUCAUCACAAGCAGGACACCCCAAGCAUCGUGAAGCGGUUCUCAGCCUACACGAACCUGGGACACAUCUUCCGGAUCAUCCCGCGCACCGAGGGGAAAGACAGUGGAGUGCUCGAUUGUGUGAACGGCAUCCGUGCACUGUCGAUGCUGUGGAUCAUCGUGAACCACGUUCACGAUUCCGCGCUUGGCAUACCGACGUUCAACAUUCCCGUCCGCCAGGAGUACACCGAGAGCUACUUCGGGGCGCUGUUCCAUCGGCUCGGUGGCAAGGCGGUCGACAUCUUUCUCAUGCUCAGCGGUAUGCUCGUGUCGAUGAAGAUGCUCCGGGAGCUGGAGCGUACGAAGCGGUUGAACGUGUGGGAACUUUGGGUGCAUCGGAUCGUGCGUCUUACGCCGGCCUACGCCGCACUGAUUCUCUUCGGUAUCGCCUUCGUGGAGUGGGUCGGCGAGGGUGUCCUGGCCAAGCUGGUGUCCGAGGAGCUGAUAGCCGCCUGCAACAAAAGCUGGUGGUCCGCCCUGCUGUACGUGCAGAACUAUGCGCACCACUCGUCGAUGUGCUUCCCCCACACGUGGUACCUUUCGGUGGACAUGCAGCUAUACAUCAUCGCACCGCUGCUCAUCUAUCCACUGUGGCGCUUCGGACGUCGGUUUGUGCCGGUCAUCGUGCUGCUGGCACUCCUCUCGAUCAGCUGCGUCUUUGCGACGUUCAUGGUCAACGAGUACCGGCUUAACCGGUCGGCUCCGCCCGGCGAUGGGCUGAUGCCGCGCAAAACGUACCACCCAACACAUGCACGAAUGUCCGUGUGGCUGUUCGGAGCCCUGUUCGGGUAUCUAGUGCAUCGGACACGGGCCACCCGGGUGAAACUGUCCCUUCCGGCACUCGGGCUCGGUUGGCUCAUCACGGCGGUCAUCCUUGUCGCUACCGGGUACUCGCUGAAACAGCUCUACACCGGUGACUACACACGCAUCGAACCCAUCGCGGACGCCUUCUACGAAUCGCUGCAUCGAUCGUUCUGGGCAUUCGCCGUCAUGUGGGUCAUCUUCGUGUGCAUCAACCAGCAAGGAGGAAUCGUCGAUCGGUUUCUCGGUAAUCCACUCUGGCAACCGCUGUCCCGACUGUCCUACUCGAUGUACCUCGUGCAUAUCGCCAUCCAGGCGGUCACACUAACGAAAGCGAUCCGGUUUCCGGUCGAGUUUACCGUGGUCAACGUGUUCUACACCUCGUUCGGCUUGAUCGGCAUCAGUGCGGUCGCCGGGACGGUUUGGUGCGUGGCGUUCGAGUAUCCAUUCUUCGGCCUAGAGCGGUACAUCUUCCGACGGAAAAGGGCUUCGGACUAG